AUGUGUGUUACACUUCUCGACGAGCUAAUUUUGGAUAUAUUCUCGUCGAGUUUUGUUGAAGAGAAGGAUUUGGCUGUAAAGCUUAAGAAUAUUUUGUUUGUGCAGUCCAUACCAAAACUCAGCACCCCUAAAAACCCUAAUCCCAUGUAUGAGGAAAUUAUAAUGGCAUUUAACAACACAAUCAAACAGAUUAGAGGUUAG